AUCAUCGUUUAUUGUAGAGUAAUAUCACGACUAGAAGGCUAAUUGGAAGGAAACAGAAUCGGUGUGUUGUGGGUGGGUAAUGGGUAUACAUCUGUUGGUCUUGAAUGUCGGGCUGCUUAGCAUGUGCUUAAAAUAGUGCACUGCAUUGACCAACAAGCACAACUAUAAUUGAAGAUCUUCUGAACUGUGUAAACUGUCUGGAAGUAUAAUAGUACAAAAAUAGCAGUUAGUAUGCGUUGCCCUGUGUUCCCGUCGCCUGGUUCACAUCUGGUGAGUCAGAAUACGCCAAAGAGAACCGUUAGCCCAUUCAUGUGAAAAUGAUCAGAAACGUUUGAGGAGCCUAACAGAGAACCAGACUGGGAGAGCUCCCCACAACCUCAGCGGUCUUCAAGGAGGUCCUCACCCUGGAACACAACCGUGUCAGCUCAAUGAUGCUGAAUCAAGACUUCCUGCUGCUGUUUGGUGGUGAAACAGCAUCCAAGAUGCUUGACAAGUGGGACACGGCAUUCAAGAACAAGGUUAUCAAAGAGGCCAAACAACUGACUCAGUCAAAAGAGCUGUGCCGACUUCUGAAUGCUGCUGAGAAACCUACGGAGAAUGAUGACACUAGCUGGAACAGUGACAUGGCUUCUCUGCUGCUGCUCCUUCAUCUCUUGCCAUCCACAGCUGGACGGAAGAGGAGCAAAAUCAGUGCCAGUGAUGCAGUGGAAAAAAUGGUUCACUUUCACAAGUCGUGCUGCAGCAUUGAUGAACCCCUGCGUGGGAGAAAGGGUCAACAACCGUACAUCCUUGCUGCUGGUCGCACCCAGAACAAGAUUGACACCAUCUAUAUCGUCGUUGAUAAACAGCUCAUCCCCUGCCAAGCCACCAGCUCCUUAGGUGCUUUUGAUGGACUGUUCAAAUCACACUACGUGUUCAACCUGUCAUACGAGGAGUCCCUGGUCCAGCUCUACACAUUUGUGCAGACAACAGUCUACAACAUCGAUGUCACAACAACAGAUGAGUCUCCAAGAAUCCGUGAGUUGCGGGCAAAACUCCUGAACUAGGAUUAAAACAUGUAUAAGUGUUUCAUAUGUGAAGCUGUACUCCAGGUUGUCCAGUCCUUGGGAACCCAUUUAAGAAUUGAUCAGUUUCUAUCCUAGCAGCAGGUUUAAGUGGGUUCCUAGACCCGCCUUUUCCUCACGCACUGGUUGUUCUGGUCAACUGUAACUUUUUUCAUGUGCAUAAAGUUGUAUUUGUCAUUUUCUGAAAUGUGUAAACAUAUUUAUUUGGGCCUAUUUCCACCUUUCUCAUAUCCACACUUGAGUGGUUCAUUAGAGAGAAGGGUGGAGGAGAGACAUUAUCUGUCAAUGUGUUUGAUGCCUGGAUCUUGUGUGCAAUAUUGUUUGUGAGCUGCAAUGUUGAAUAAAAAAAAAAAAAAUAAUAAUAGUUUGUUUUAAGGAUUUAUUAUACUUUAUACUGUAGCAAUGUGGUUUUU